AAACAUUUGAGGCUUUUUGCCAUAAAAGUGAAAACGAGAGACAAUUAAAUUGUUUUGAAUUUUCAAAUAAAUGCCAAUUUAUAAUAUGUAUUAAUAUUUGAGUCAUUGGUUGUAAAUAUAGUGCCAAUCAGUGUCUCAGACAAUGGUUUACAUCAAUUCACGGGGUGAAGUGAUGGACAACCAAUCGUUGAGUUGGUCCACACCGUGGCGUCUGGUGUUAAGUGUCCUCAACUUCUUCUACUUUUUCUUUCAAACGCUGUUUCCUUUUGGUUCCCGUUUUGGUGAACCGACAAACUCUCGCAAUAACGGCCGCAGAGGGGGAGGCGGUGGUGGAGGAGGUGGUGGCGGAUGGGGUGGAGGCGGCGGUCGACCCAAUUCUAAUAUAAGGACAUUAGGGCCGUCCCGUUGCGGACCCAAUGCCCCGCCCGCUGGCGGCGGAUGA